AUGUCUUUUCGAGGCGGCCAACGCGGACAAGGUCAGGGAGGACGCCCUUCACCACGCGGCAAUGACCGUAAUAGAGGCUCACGGGGCGAUCGUGGCGGCCACUACGGGGGUCAUAGCCACCAUGGAGGCCAAGGUGGCGGCGGUCGUGGUGGUCGUGGCGGGGGUAAACCCCAAGCUCCGGUAGAAGUUUUCAAUUCCCCAGUACCAGCUGCACUCGACGGACCUUCCAAAGCCAUCGAGGACCGAUACGAUGCGAAGAUGCGUGAGCCGGGUCUUGACUCGCUCUCCCUAGACCGACAGUAUCCCCUCCGUCCCGGAUAUGGAACUCGCGGGGACAGAGUGCUCCUCUGGGCGAAUUAUUUUGCGUUGACUGCCAAACCAAACGUGGACCUUUACCGCUAUAAAAUUGAGGUCAAAGCACCAGCGAAGACUCCCGAACCAAAAGGGAAAAAACUCAAGAGAAUCAUCGAGCUGCUUUUGGAAGACCAUUUUCAGGAGUUUCGUGAUCGUAUUGCGACUGAUUUUAAAGCAACUUUGAUUUGUCGGGAUUCCCUCAAAUUCGACUCCAAAGUUUACGAUAUUCAAUAUCGCGCGGAAGGCGAGGAUACGCCGCCUCCCAACCCAAAAGUUUAUCCAGUCCGUGUCCUCUUUACCGGCACUCUUAGCACCGCGGACCUUUUGAAAUAUCUAUCAUCUGUGAAUCUUAGUGAAGCAUUUGGUGGCAAAGAGGAGCUUUUGCAGGCUUUGAACAUUAUCGUCGGUCAUAACCCUAAGACAACAUCCAAUAUGUUUAGUGUCGGUGCAAACCGCCAUUAUCCACUGGGAAAUGCUGCAGAGAGAUAUAACCUUCAAGGCGGUCUCGAAGCAUUCAGGGGCUAUUUCGUUAGUGUUCGCCCGGCUACUGGCCGACUUUUGGUCAAUGUUCAGGUCAAGCACAUUGCUUGUUUUGCCGAAGUUCCGCUGGCUAGGCUCAUUGAGAUGUUAGGCGCCCGCGGGUACCAAUUGCAGCGAACCUUGAAGGGUAUACGGGUUCAACUAUCACACCUUCGCCGAGUUAAAGGAAACCAGCGAAUUCCAAGAGUCAAAACCAUUAUCGCCCUUGCAUCUCCACAAGAUGGCCGAGGUCUAGACCACCCGCCACGAGUUGCGAAGCCUGGGGCAGGGCCAAAAAAUGUCCACUUUUACCUAAAAGGAACCCUACAAGCAGGGCCAGCAAAAGCUACACCUCAAGCCACAAAAGGCAAAGCUGGUAAAGCUGCACAAGGCGGAGAUACUAAAGACCACGGUUAUAUCAGCGUCUACGACUACUUCAAGCGUAUGCAUAACGUCGGCGAUAUGAAUGAAGCGAUGCCUGUUGUCAAUGUUGGAACGUCACAAAACCCAAGCUACCUUCCAGUGGAGGUCUGCCGUGUUGAACCUGGGCAAACUUCUAAAUCUAAGCUAACCCCCAGGCAAACACGAAGCAUGAUUGACUUCGCGGUCCGAAAACCUGCGGCUAAUGCAAAGUCCAUUACCGAAAGAGGGACGCAGGUGAUUGCGGCCGCCCCGAACACUUCACAGUUGUUGUCCAAUAUGGGUCUCUCAAUUAGUCCAAACUUGAUCACCGUUGGUGGUCGGGUUUUGACGGGGCCUAAUGUUCGGUAUAAAGCAACUUCAGUCCAGCCCAAAUUCGCAAGCUGGAAUUUAUCAGGCGUUCAAUUUCCCCGUGGAGCCUCACUAUCCCAGUGGACUUUCCUCUUUCUUCGCGGGCAACAGCAAAAUGACAAAAACCCACGUUCAAUCGCCGAAAGCUUCAGGGAUGUUGCGCGAAAGCACGGAAUGACGGUUAGUGAGCCACUAGCGCCCAUUUGGCUUGACCACCCUUUCACUUCCAACGAAUCCCCGGAGAGUUAUGCGGCCAAAGUUGACCGUGCUUUCGACCAACUUCUGGCGAAACAUCGUAACAUUAGGUUUCUGUUGGUCAUGCUGCCUUUUGAGGACUCAGCUAUCUACAACAGAGUUAAAUUUCGAGGAGAUAUUCAAAAUGGAAUUCACACGGUUUGUGUGGGUGACAGAACUGGUGGCAUUCAGUCCUUAGCCAAUAUCGCCUUGAAGUUUAACUUGAAACUUGGUGGUGCAAAUCAUGUCCUUGACCCUCCGAAAUUGGGACUUAUUGGGGAAGGGAAGACCAUGCUUGUUGGUAUCGAUGUCACACACCCUUCACCCGGCUCUUCAUCGCAAGCUCCUAGCGUUGCGGCUAUGGUUGCAAGCGUUGAUAAAGAUCUGGCACAAUGGCCUGCAUCAAUCCGGUUACAACGUGAAGCAAAAGCCGAGAUGGUCGAUGAACUAGAAGAAAUGCUUGAAUCGCGACUUCAGCUUUGGAAGAAGUAUAACAACGCUUUUCCCGAAAAUAUCAUUGUUUAUCGCGACGGAGUCUCUGAAGGGCAAUACACGCGAGUUUUAGAAGAAGAGCUUCCUCGUUUGCGCAAAGCAUGCGAACGCGUUUACCCGGCCACAUUGACAAAGAACGGUCUACCACGAGUUUCCAUUAUCAUUGUGGGGAAACGUCACCAUACAAGGUUCUACCCGGUUACCACAAACCAAGCCGAUAAAAAUUCCAAUACAGUCAACGGGACAGUCGUUGACCGAGGUGUUACCGAGGAUCGCCACUGGGAUUUCUACUUGCAAGCUCAUUCAGCUCUUAAAGGCACUGCACGGCCCGCCCAUUAUUUUGUCAUUCUAGAUGAAAUAUUCCGGGCGCGGAAGAAUGGACCCCCUACAGCAGACGUACUUGAAGAUUUGACUCACAAUUUGUGUUACUUGUUCGGCCGUGCGACCAAGGCUGUUAGUGUUUGUCCCCCCGCGUACUACGCUGAUCUCGCUUGUGAACGUGCGAGACGUUACCUCAGCGGCUACUAUGAUGCAAGCCCUGCAGAGUCUAUCGUGUCUGGGGAAACCGGUCGAGGCCCAAGUGAGAAUGAAAUAAAAAUCCACCCAAACCUUGAAAAUUCGAUGUUUUAUAUCUGA